AUACAUACAUACAUCUAUAUCUAUUUUUAUAUAUAAAAGUUAUAUCAAUAAUUUAAUAGUUUUCGUACUAUACAACAUGGGUUGCUCCUCCUCCCUUCCAGAUAGAAGUGCGGGGCGUAUAGGUGGACUUAACCCGAACGGUGCUGAUUCGGAUGCUAAGAAUCUUCGUGUUAAGCUAGUGCUAUUAGGGGACUCUGGUGUUGGGAAAAGCUGCAUUGUUCUUCGCUUCGUUCGUGGUCAGUUUGAUCCGACAUCCAAGGUGACUGUCGGCGCUUCAUUUUUGUCUCAAACGAUUGCUCUUCAAGACUCAACAACCGUUAAAUUUGAAAUCUGGGAUACUGCUGGCCAAGAGAGAUAUGCAGCAUUAGCCCCACUUUAUUACCGAGGCGCCGCCGUUGGAGUCAUUGUAUAUGAUAUAACUAAUCCCGACUCAUUUCAUAAAGCUCAAUACUGGGUUAAGGAACUACAAAAGCACGGGAGCCCUGAUAUUGUCUUGGCUUUAGUUGGUAACAAGGCCGAUCUUCAAGAAAAACGGGAGGUGUCAGUUCAAGAUGGAAUCGACUAUGCAGAAAAAAAUGGGAUGUUCUUCAUUGAAACUUCUGCUAAAACAGCAGAUAACAUCAAUCAGCUAUUUGAGGAAAUUGCAAAGAGAUUACCACGACCCGCUCCAUCAUGAUAUCAUAUUUUGGAAACGUCAAAUAAAACUUGUAAUCUCUGCUUAUGGUAUAAUCAGGGAAAACAUUAUGUAUAUUUGUGAGAUUAUGUUUGAUUUUCAUACAUUGUAUUUGUUGAUUUUGUGUUACAUUUGCCAAACUCUAAUUGUAAUCAAGACGAGAACACGAAACUUUGUUAAAUGUACAACUUCUUGAAGUUCUGUUGAUACGUAA